GCAGCACCACCGAGCUGCUGCAGUGCAGAAACGCUCGCUCGUUCACACCGAUGGUGUGCAGAACAAGGGGGACUUAAAUUACUCUUCUGAAACUAAAACAUCCAUUUCAGUUUCACUCAUCAUGAGCUCUUUCAUCUUCUACCGCCGACCUUGGGACGGCUCCAAAGGCUCCCGACUCCACUUUAACGCAUCCCGUCCCUCCUCGCUCUACUCCUCACAUCCAGCUCCGCAAUCGGACAGGAGGGCCGCCCAGCUGGGCUCCUCUUCCUUUCCGGGUGGUCACGAAAGGAUGGACCUGAGCUCGGUCAACUCCCGGCUGCUGGGUCUGCGCUCACAGGAGAAAGAGCAGUUGGUGGACCUUAACGACCGCUUCGCCACCUACAUCGAGAAGGUCAGGCACCUGGAGCUGCAGAACCGAGCCCUGCUGGUGGAACUCGAGGGCUGGCGCAAGCGGCGGGACCGUCCAUCCCGUCUGCAGGCUACUUACGAAGGGGAGGCACGUACUUUGAGGGCCAUGAUUGAGUCUGAGAGCGAAGACAAGGCGCAGAUGGAGACGGAGAGGGACUACCUGCAUGGCGUGCAGCGGCAGAUGAAGGUGCGCUUGGAGGAGGAGGUUCAGCGGCGUUUGGUUGCUGAGGAAGUGCUUCUGCAAGUCAGGGAGGAGGCGGACCGGGCUGGGCUCUCCAACUGUGACGCCGAGGCCACUGUGGCCUCCUUGUGUGACGAGAUAGCCUUCCUGAGGAAAGUCUUUGCUGAGGAGCACAAGGAGCUGCAGGCCCAGCUGCAGGUGGUCAACAUCAGCGUGGAGGAGGUGAAGGUGCCCCGGCCCGACCUCUCCGCGGCGCUGCGGGAAAUCCGGGCCCAGUACGAGCGGCUGGCCGGCAAGAACAUGCAGGCCGCGGAGGACUGGUACAGGAGCAAGUGCGCCAGCGUGGCGGAGGUGGCCGGCAAGAACAACGAGGCGGCACACGCCAUCCGCGAGGAGACCUUGGAGUACCAGAGGCGUCUCCGGUCCCACUCCUCCGAGAUCGAGGCUCUCCGGAAUGUCAUCGACUCCCUUAAAAAACAGCAAGCGGAGCUUGAGGAGACCCAAGCGAAGGAGGUGGACAAGUACCAGCUGAGGAUCAAUGAACUGGAUGGAGACAUCCAUGAAGCCAAGCAGGAGAUGGGGCGCUACCUGAAAGACUACCAAGACCUUCUCAAUGUCAAGAUGGCGUUGGACAUUGAGAUAGGUGCAUACAGACAACUUCUGGAGGGAGAAGAGAUCCGGCUGUCACAUGCCUACCUCCCUGGAACACACUAAAAGAAUCCAACCAUUAACCACUCUCUCCACAUGCAUCCAUCGUCAAAAAGGUCCCCCAGGUCAAGACAAGUCCCCCUUCUUCUCCACACAGUGUGACUCAAAAACUAAAAUAUAGAAUUGCUGCACUGCAUGAAUUGUUGCGGUUCGCGUUAAAAGUCAAAGCAACAGCUGGUUGAAGCUCCUUCUGCAAACACUUGGCCAUUUGUUUGUAAAAUGCUCACUUGAUGCUUGGACUUUAAAUGUGGAAGUCACGUCUAUGCGAUCAUGUUUUGUUUUUUGGACAAUCACUUCCUAUUUCUUGCACUUCCCGUUUUGUUUAGUUACCAUAGCAACUCAUUAGUUUCACCUGUCAUGUCACGCACCUGUAUUAUUUAAACCUGUAGUUGCCAGGUGCAAAUGAGGGCGACUUUCUGUCAAACAUGGACUAUGAGGUGGUUUGUUUUUCCGAGGCAAAGGAAAGUUGGCACGAGCGAGACGUGAAUGUAAGUACAUCCUUUAUUUUUAACACUAUAACUAAAAAAAAGGCAAACAAAAGGCGCGCACAAGGGCGGAAGUACAAAACUUGGCUAUAAAACAAAGACUGGCACAUAGGCAUGAAUAUGGACAAAAAAACUAAACUCAAUAACUGUAACAUAAAAAAUAAAAAAUAAACUUACGUGGCAUGGACAGUGUGGUUAACAGGCAUGGAAUGAAGGGAGUUGAGGUAAAGUCGCCAAGCUGACCACCUGUCACAGUUAUUGAGUUAUGUUUGUUUGUCCAUAGUCAUGCCUUUGUGCCAGUCUUUGUUUUAUAGCAAAGUUUUGUACUUCCGCCCUUGUGCGCGCCUUUUGUUUGCCUUUUUUAGUUAUAGUGUUAAAAAUAAAGGAUGUACUUACAUUCAUGUCUCGCUCGUGCCAACUUUCCUUUGCCUCAGAAAAACAAACCACCUCACAGUCCAUGUUUGACAGAAAGUCGCCAGCCUUACCACCUGGCAACUACAGGUUUAAAUAAUACAGGUGAGUGACAUGACAGGUGAGACUGAGUUGCUAUGGUAACUAAACAAACCAGGAAGUGCAAAAAUAGGAACUGAUAGUCCAAAAAACAAAACAAAACGUGAUCCCACAGACAUGACAGAGGAUGUACAACUCAGUCAGUGCGCCAAUGCAUCUAAGCCUUUGUAUUUAUUACAUUUUAGACUUGUAAUUAUUCUUCCUCAGCAUUUACCUUCAGUGAGCGGCACGUAAAUGCAGUAGAAGACAAAGUCUAUUAUGUCGCGCUUCUGAGUUUAUUUCAGUCAGAUUGUUUCUGUUUAAGGAAUUUGUGCUCGGAAGGAGCUCAGUGUUACACUUGACGUAACUGUAACUACUAGAAACAAGCCCAAUAAACAAAUAACUGACCUACAA